AGACAGUCUAUAGACAGUGUCGCUUCCGCGAAAAAGUAGACACGCGAUGGAAAGCGUAAAUAUUUACAUCUCUUGAGUGUUCGUUUCGGCGCAUUUUUUUUUUAAUUUGUAUAAUCAUGAUAGACGGGAACAUCUCGAUGGAGGAGGACACGGAAUUACGGGACCUGGUGGUGCAGACCCUGGAGAGUAACGGCGUUCUCGCUAAGAUACGGGCGGAACUCAGGGCGAGCGUGUUUCUGGCACUCGAGGAACAGGAUUCAGUUAUGAAUCCUGAGCCACUUCUCAACAAAACUGUAAAGCAGUACCUGUCUAAUUCAGAAGGAAAAUUAUUGUUUUCCUUAGUUAGGGAGUUCCUAGAAUACUUUGGUCUCGACUACACAAUAUCUGUAUAUGAUCCAGAAACAUACUUUGGAAAGGAAUAUAACUAUGCAGGGAGAAAUAAGUUGUGCGAAGAGUUAGGUAUCGAUUCAACCGAGCCAUUACUGGGAGAAAUUCUCAAGAAUAGCAUCAAUGGUGCCUUUAAUAGUUCACAGAAGAAUAAAACUAGCGGCAGACACGACGAAACGGAUGAAGCCUCAACAAAUUUCGCAAACGCGACAUUUGAAGUGUCCGUUCCCAAAAUAAUCCACAAUGAAUCCGUGUCGUCGUCGAACGAUAACGAUUCCUCCGAAAAGUUGGAGAGCGUUUCCGAGCAGAGUCCGAAAGUUCCAAUAAACGUGACAAUAACGGACAAGAAAUGCAAAGAUCCGCCGACCGGCGCCGACGUCGUGACGUCGGAUACGUCGGAUUACGAUAAGCAUCAAUCUUCUCUCAGGGAGAGCACAACGGACACUGAUGGAAUUGAAGGUAACAGGAACAAUAAUAUAAAUUUUGAUAAGAGCACCGCGAAUCCACACGGCACAUGCACGGCGACGAGCAGCGACGUGGGGGCACAGGAGACUGAUAAUACCGUUACGUCUAAUCAAAUGAGUCCAUUAAACAAAUCCGAGUCCUUAAUUAAGUUCGACGACCCUAUAACGAUCGACACGCAAGCGAAUCAAAAUGAUGUAACUAAGCAAAACAGUAUAAAUAGUUUGGAGUUAAGUAUAGAGAAUAAUGUACAAAGUAAGAGACCACCGGCUAACCCAGCGGGAGGCAACUUCGGGAAAACGAUAUAUUUUGACGAGAUUAUCGUCGGCGGUGAGCGGAAGAACGUUAGUACAAUGAACAAAGCCGAGCCUUUCCUAGAAGGUUUGCCAACUAUAAAUCAGAAAGCUAAUUCUAUAUUUAGUGAUUUGCCGCCGUUAAACGGUAAAAAGGCCAAUAUUAAUGAUCUGAAGGAAUUGAUGGAUAUUGGACUUGCUGCAGAUGGUAUAGAUAACUAUGAAGAGGACUUCGUAUCGUCUGCAUCGGGUAGCGCUAACGAGCAAAGUCCCACUAAGGAGUCGGACAAGAUAGACAGCCCUGUGAAAUUACGAGCGAAGAGAGAGGAGAAGCCUCAAAGUGCCCAUACCGAAGAUUUAAGCGAGGAAAUCGAAGAAAUGGAUGAGAUCUUGAGUAGUACCUCUUGCGUAAGUAAACUGGAUUUGAAUUAACGCGAACGGCGGCACUAUUGCAACUGCGAUUGCACAUAUUUUUCUCCCGCAUAAAUUACGUAAUAUACUAUAUAUACAUACAUAUAUUAUAUAUGAUAAAUAUACAUACAUAUGUAUA